AAAUAGCGUGGGCCCAGUUUGAUGGUAAUUUGGGACGAGGAGGUAGACAGAUCCCACAAGGUCCACCCAUUUAUGUCGGGGAGUUAGGAGCAAAGCGCGUACUUCCAGAUAUGGACGAAAAAGCCAAGACAAGUCUCAGGUGAUGAAUUGACUCUGUCGCAAGUGAGGCAUCAGAAUAGGGUUUAGGGUGAUGCGAGAGGAUAAUGACAAGGCAAGAGGCGAGCGGCUCUCGCUGGAGGAGAGGCGACGCGAUAGGAGAGGCUUUGCGGUAGGAGAGAGGGGACGCGAAGGAAUGUAGCGACUCGAAAAGAGAGAGGCCUCGCGGUAGGAUAGAGUGAGAUGAGGCGAGGGGAGAGAUGUGAGCUGAGAGGAGAGAAGUAAGGCGUGAGGAGACAGACGACGCGGGAGGACAGAGGCGACGCAAGAGGAGAUGGGCGGAUCGAAAUUCGAGAGGCGACGCCAGAGGAAAUAGCGACACGUGGUGAGAAGAGAGAGUUUCGGGCACCAGGACCAGCACAAUGGCGCAUCGCAGCAUAAACUCCCUCGGCUACGCUUUCUUUUGCGGAAUGCAACGACUGGGCCUUUGUGCUCAGAUUCCAUCCCAAAAGCAACUACAAAAGACUAUCACCGGCACAUGCAUGAUCUAGGCAAUGCAGCAAAGUGUAUUUUGAGCCAUCGGCCAAACCCAAUGACUUUCAUGUUAAAAUUAUAUAAGUUAUAAUUUAAUAUAGGCUUGGUUAGUUGAGAAACUGUCAGGAGGCAUCCCGCCUUGCAAUAUCGGCAUGGAGGGAAAUGAGAGCCACAUCUUCUCCCACAACCCCCCACGCACAGUGCAUGUUUUGGAGACACUCGCACGAUUCGAGAAGGAUGUGAAGCAGACCGACACCGGGUUCCUGGCGAUAGCAACAGAGGUGGAAAAUGACGGAGAGGAAGCCUCGGAAACUCCAGAAAAAAUCAAGGAAUUAUUAAAGGAGUUCCAAGAUAUUCUUCCUGACGAUCUUCCGAACGAGCUACCGCCAUACCGAACGCAUCAACACGAGAUCGUGGAGGAACCGGGAUCGAAGCCGACCUUCCGAGCACCAUAUCGGCUCAGCCCUACGGAGCUGACUGACAUGAAAAAACAGAUCGAGUAUCUCCUAGCCAAAGGACUCAUCCGGCCAUCCACUUCGCCGUACGGUGCCCCAGUACUCUUCACACCGAAACCGGACGGAAGCCUGCGCAUGUGCAUCGACUACCGAGCUCUUAACAAGCAGACCAUCAAGAACAAAUAUCCGAUACCGCGAAUCGAUGACCUGCUUGACCAGCUUCGGGGAGCUACGGUAUUUUCCAAACUGGAUCUGCGGUCCGGAUACUGGCAGAUACGGAUGGCGGACAACUCUAUCCACAAAACUGCUUUCCGAACUCGGUACGGAUCGUACGAGUAUUUGGUCAUGCCGUUCGGACUCACCAACGCACCAGCGACGUUCCAAGCAGAGAUGAACCACAUCCUACGCCCACUCUUGGACGAAUGCGUGAUGGUGUACCUGGACGACAUCCUCAUCUACUCGCGCGACAUGAAGCAACACGUCGAACACCUGCGACGCGUCUUCAAAAUUCUUCGACGGGAACGUUUCUACGUCAAACUGUCCAACAGCGAAUUCGCCCUGGAGAAGGUCCAAUUUCUAGGACACAUGGUGAGCGCUCAAGGAGUUCACGUCGACCCCAAGAAAAUCGAAGCCGUACGUACGUGGAAGACACCCGAGAACGUGAAGGAGUUGCAGCAGUUCCUAGGCUUCGCUAAUUACUACAACAGGUUCGUGCCACAGUAUGCGAAACUCGCGACACCACUCACGAAUCAGCUAAAGAAGAACACGCCCUACAAGUGGGAGACGAAGCACCAGGAAGCCGUGGAGCAGCUAAAACAAGCACUGACAUCCGCACCGGUGCUCAUCUUGCCAGAUCCCGAACGUGACUACGUCAUUGAAGCAGACGCCAGUGAUCAGGCCGUGGGAGCAGUCUUGAUGCAAGACCAGGGGAACGGACUGCAACCAAUUGCCUACCUCAGCAAGAAACUGCACGGGGCAGAACUAAACUACCCGAUACAAGACAAAGAGGCCCUGGCUAUCAUCAUCGCCUUCAAAGCGUGGAGAUGCUAUCUCGAAGGACGAAGAACAACCGUCUACACCGACCACUGCAGCUUGAAAUAUCUGAAGACACAACCAACCCUUUCCAGGCGGCACAUCCGGUGGAUUGACUUCCUCGAGACACACUUCCACUACGACAUCAUGUACAAGCCCGGCCACAAGAACAAAGCAGACGCUCUCAGGCGGCCUGCACACGUUGCCGCGAUUCAGAAAAGCGACAUCUGCUACAGUGGGACAGUGACAUCGCGUACCGGAAAAGGAUCAACAAAAAUCUGGGUACCCAAUUACCCUCCUUUGCGCCAGUUACUACUCGAAGAAUACCACGACGUCCUGUACGCCGGACACUUCGGUAGCAACAAGACGCUGACCGGUAUCGCAAAGCACUACUACUGGCCUCACUUGGCAGAUGAUGUUCAGAAAUUCGUCACCUCGUGUGAUACAUGUCAACGGAUGAAGAGCAGUAAGCAGAAGAAAGCAGGACUGCUACAGCCUCUUCCUGUCCCACAACAGCCAUGGCAAGUGGUUAGCCUGGAUUUCAUCACUGGGUUACCACCUACCACUCGCGGUCAUGACGCAAUUCUUGUCGUCAUCGACAAAUUCUCUAAGAUGGGACACUUCAUCCCGACACACACGACAGCACGCACCGAGGAGACAGCACAACUCUUCGUUCGCUACAUCAUCUCACAGCAUGGCAUUCCAACUACACUCAUCUCCGACCGAGACCCCAAGUUCACCAGCAAGUUCUGGAAGGAACUUAUGUCUCUUCUCGGGACCAAACUUAUGUCAUCCGCAUACCAUCCGCAGACAGACGGACAGACCGAGCGCCUCAACCAAAUUGUUGAGCAACUCCUCCGAGCAGCCUGCAAGGACGAGAUCUCCAAAUGGGACUUGCACCUGCCCAUACUAGAGUUUGCUUACAACAACGCCACACAUGCCGCUACUGGACAGACGCCGUUCUUCCUCUGCUACGGACGCCACCCACUCACACCACAAAAACCGACAGCAUCAGCUACAGUCACUCCUGUUACCUUCCGCUUACGCCUGCCAGCUCCCUGGAAGAUUCACAACGCCUUCCACGUCCAACUUCUGAAGCCCUAUCGGGACCCGAACACAAUUUUCGUCGGACGCCAACCGCCGCCGCCACCGCCCGUCCUCGUCCAGAAUGAACCCGAGUACGAGGUCGAGUCCGUGCUCGCACACCGCCGUCGUCGGAAUGGCACCGUGGAGCUUCUCAUCCGUUGGAAGGGUUAUGAUCCUUCUGAGGACAGCUGGGUACCUGAGUCCGACAUGGGUAACGCCCGUCGUCCUCUGCAUGACUACCUUGUCAAGCAGGGAUGAGCGAAUGAAAUGACUCAUUCAUG